GAAAAGAUCUCGAUCGAUCGUGCCUGUGCUCCCUUGACUAAAUCCCUGCUCAAUACUGAACGCCCAAAACUAAAUGUUAUCUAUGAGGCGGUUGAACAGACCACGCCGGUACCCGACGCUGCUGAUGUGAAUGCUCGUUGCAGUGGCCCAUUGUACAGCACAGUACCACUGCGUAGUUGGAAUGCGGAGUUCCGGCAAAAUCACGUGGUCUUUGUGAGUGUAAAUCGUUUGUUGGAAUUUCGAUUAGUCGCUCGAAAUCAUACACACGACACGGGUGUUGUGAUUGGAUAUUGUCGUCUAGUUCUACGUGAUGAAAUUUUGUCCAAUGGGUUUCGAUUUGAAAACCGAACACUUACUCGAACCUUCCAUCCACUUCCGACCGCUACCCGUUUCUUGGAUGCUGGACUCUUUGUGAUCGGCAAACUCACAAUGGUACUAAACGCCCAUGCACGUGAACUGCACGAUGCGAUCUCAGCCCUCCGGCUUGGCUCGCAGGUGAGUUGA